GCGCCUCGUCCGGUCGCGUCGAGUGUGCGUGCGUGCGUGCGUGUUUGCGUGUGGUCACAGUUCCCGCCAUCAGCCGCUCUCCCUGACUAGGGGGAGUGAGCGGCCGCUCUCCUCCGUGCCCGGGGUCCCUUCCUUCCUUACCCUCGGCUCCUCCCCCUCCGCGCGGACUCUGUGCUUCCGGCAGGCCGGUGCAGGGCUCCGGACCCGCAGGCACAGCUGAGUUGAUGGCUUCCCGGAGAACUGGCAUAGCUGCAAAAUAUGAGUAGUUCCCCAAGAAGAGUGCAUUGCCUUUGGCACAAGGAUCAGAAUAAAGGUGAAUUGUUAUUACAUAGGGUUUUUCAGUAAAAGUCACUGAAAAAAUCUGUCAGGUGAAGGUGUAUUUUUGCUUUUUAAUUUGGCUAGAAGCAAUUUAUUUUUAAAGAAUGUCUCCUCUGAAGAUACACGGUCCUAUCAGAAUUCGAAGCAUGCAGACUGGAAUUACAAAAUGGAAAGAAGGGUCCUUUGAAAUUGUGGAAAAAGAGAAUAAAGUCAGCCUAGUAGUUCACUACAAUACUGGAGGAAUCCCAAGGAUAUUUCAGCUAAGUCAUAACAUUAAAAAUGUGGUGCUUCGACCCAGUGGAGCAAAACAAAGCCGCCUAAUGUUAACUCUACAAGAUAACAGCUUUUUGUCUAUUGACAAAGUACCAAGUAAGGAUGCAGAGGAAAUGAGGUUGUUUCUAGAUGCAGUACAUCAAAACAGACUUCACGCAGCCAUGAAACCUUCUCAGGGGUCUGGUAGUUUUGGAGCUAUUCUGGGCAGCAGGACUUCACAGAAGGAAACCAACAGGCAGCUUUCUUACUCAGACAAUCAGGCAUCUUCAAAAAGAGGAAGUUUGGAAACUAAAGAUGAUAUUCCAUUUCGAAAAGUUCUUGGUAAUCCAGGUAGAGGAUCAAUUAAGACUGCAACAGGAAGUGGAAUAACUGUCACCCGGACAAUUCCCUCUUUGACAUCUGCAUCCACACCACUUAGAUCAGGGUUAUUAGAAAAUAGGACUGAAAAGAGAAAAAGAAUGUUAUCAUCUGGUUCAGAGCUUAAUGAAGAUUACCCUAAGGAAAAUGAUUCAUCAUCGAACAACAAGGCUAUGACAGAUCCCUCCAGAAAGUAUUUAACCAGCAGUAGAGAGAAGCAGCUGAGUUUGAAACAGUCAGAAGAGAAUAGGACAUCAGGGCUUUUACCUUUACAGUCAUCAUCCUUUUAUGGCAGCAGAACUGGAUCCAAGGACUACUCCUCUGGUAGCACUAACUUAGACAGGACUAAUGUUUCAGGCCAAACUCCCUCUGCCAAAAGAAGUUUGGGAUUUCUUCCUCAACCAGCUCCUCUUUCUGUUAAAAAACUGAGGUGUAACCAGGAUUAUACUGGCUGGAACAAACCAAGAGUGCCCCUUUCCUCUCACCAACAGCAACAACUGCAGGGCUUCUCCAAUUUGGGAAAUACCUGCUAUAUGAAUGCUAUUUUACAAUCUCUGUUUUCACUCCAAUCAUUUGCAAAUGACUUGCUUAAGCAAGGUAUCCCAUGGAAGAAAAUUCCCCUCAAUGCUCUUAUCAGACGCUUUGCACACUUGCUUGUUAAGAAAGAUAUUUGUAAUUCAGAGACCAAAAAAGAUUUACUCAAGAAGGUUAAAAAUGCCAUUUCAGCUACAGCAGAAAGAUUCUCUGGUUAUAUGCAGAAUGAUGCUCAUGAAUUUUUAAGUCAGUGCUUAGACCAGCUGAAAGAGGACAUGGAGAAGUUAAAUAAAACUUGGAAGACUGAACCUGUUCCUGGAGACGAAAAUUCACCAGAUAUUUCAGCCACCAGGGUGUACACUUGCCCUGUUAUUACUAACUUGGAGUUUGAAGUUCAGCACUCCAUCAUCUGUAAAGCAUGUGGAGAGAUUAUUCCCAAAAGAGAACAGUUUAAUGACCUCUCGAUUGACCUUCCUCGAAGGAAAAAACCACUCCCUCCUCGUUCAAUUCAAGAUUCUCUUGAUCUUUUCUUUAGAGCAGAAGAACUUGAGUAUUCCUGUGAGAAGUGCGGUGGGAAGUGUGCUCUUGUCAGGCACAAAUUUAACAGGCUACCUAGGAUACUCAUUCUUCAUUUGAAACGGUAUAGCUUCAAUGUCACUCUCUCACUUAACAACAAGAUUGGGCAGCAGGUCAUCAUUCCAAGAUAUCUGACCCUAUCCUCUCAUUGCACUGAAAAUACAAAACCACCCUUCACCCUUGGUUGGAGUGCACAUAUGGCAAUUUCUAGACCAUUGAAAGCUUCUCAAAUGGUGAAUUCCUGCAUCACCAGCCCUUCUACACCUUCAAAGAAUUUCACCUUCAAAUCCAAGAGCUCCUUGGCUUUAUGCCUUGAUUCAGACAGUGAGGAUGAGCUAAAACGCUCUGUGGCCCUUAGCCAGAGACUUUGUGAAAUGUCAGGCUGUGAACAACAGCAGGACGACCUGGAAAAAGAUUCAAAAUCAUGCAGAAUAGAGCCUGAUAAGUCAGAAUUGGAAAACUCUGGAUUUGAUGGAAUGAGCGAAGAAGAGCUGCUAGCAGCUGUUUUAGAGAUGAGUAAGAGAGAAGCUUCACCAACUCUGAGUCAUGAAGAUGAUGAUAAACCAACCAGCAGCCCAGAUACCGGAUUUGCCGAAGAUGAUAUUCAAGAAAUGCCUGAAAAUCAAGACCCUGUGGAAACUGAGAAGCCCAAAACAGUCACAGAGCCUGAUCCUGCCAGUUUUACUGAGAUAACUAAAGACUGUGAUGAGAAUAAAGAAAACAAAACUCCAGAAGGAUCUCAAGGAGAGGUCGAUUGGCUCCAGCAGUAUGAUAUGGAGCGUGAAAGGGAAGAACAAGAGCUUCAGCAGGCAUUGGCUCAGAGCCUUCAAGAGCAAGAAGCCUGGGAACAGAAAGAAGAUGAUGACCUCAAAAGAGCAACAGAGUUAAGUCUUCAAGAGUUUAACAACUCUUUUCUGGAUUCAUUGGGUUCUGAUGAGGACUCUGGCAAUGAGGAUGUUUUAGACAUGGAAUACACAGAAGCUGAGGCUGAGGAACUGAAGAGAAAUGCAGAGACAGGAAAUCUUCCUCAUUCUUAUCGGCUCAUUAGUGUUGUCAGUCACAUUGGUAGCACAUCGUCUUCAGGUCAUUACAUUAGUGAUGUGUACGAUAUUAAGAAGCAGGCAUGGUUUACUUACAACGAUCUCGAGGUAUCUAAAAUCCAAGAGGCUUCAGUGCAGAGUGAUCGGGACCGAAGUGGUUACAUCUUCUUUUAUAUGCACAAGGAGAUCUUUGAUGAACUGCUGGAAACGGAAAAGAAUUCUCAGGCACUUAGCAUGGAAGUGGGGAAGACCACUCGUCAGGCCUUGUGAGGAACAAACUCCUGGCUUGGCAGUGUGCACUGCGUAUUCCCUCUUAUUGCUGCCCACCUCACCUUUCCUCUGCCGAGGAGAAUUUGGAAUUCUACUUGAUGCGGGAGCAACAAACAGCUCAGGGCCAAACCAAAAGACGAAAAUUGCAAUUAUGUGGAACGCUCCAUGCUAAUUGUUUUAUGGAAACUUUGGUCUCACAUCUGUAGCUGAUUAUCCUCUUUUUCUCCUACAAAAGUGGCACUUCCUUUUGUCUUAGGAAUACAUGUUGUACAUAUAUAUAUAUAUAUAUAUAUAUGUACAUACAAACACGUGCACACAUAUAUGUGGAAUGAAUGGAGCCUUAAAGAGUUAGGAGGAGCCACCAGAGAAUGCCUGCUCAAAAUUAAUAGCACAGCAGUUUGGAGAGAAAUGAAGGUGUCAAAGAGUCCAUUCACCUGAGAGAUGUGUAAAGAUAUACAUAUCAGUUGACAUUUAGCUUUUCUGUUCCUUGAGUAGUUUCACUCAAGUAUAUAAUCUUUCAUGUGUGUUUCUUAUUAGUAGAGUUCACUGGAAAGCCAGCUCUCCAUGUUACACUAAUGACAGUUUGUCCUCCUUGCAAAGGAGAGACAUUUCUGCCACCUGGCAUGAGGAGCUUUUUUAAAAAAAUUAUUUCAUGGAUUUGUGAUGCUUUUGCUGUUUACAUGCAGUCCCAAGAAAUGGAUUGUUGGUGCUUUGGGAUGGGUUAUGGUCCCGUUUGGUAUUUGUUGUAUACUUUGGAUUUUCUUUAAAGAGGUUCCUUUACACAGUAUAUUCAUUGUAUAUCAUCUAUAUUAGUAUGGUAGUGAAGGUAAAAUCUUUGUUUUCUUCUGUAUCAUUCUUCUGUGGAGCAAACAUUACCUUAAUAGAUCACAACCAAACUGUAAGAGGUAGGAAAAUAAUAGUCCCAAUUGGAAUUCCCCAGCAAGGAUAUUUGGGAUUAAGGAAGAAUGCUGGCAUCUGUCUCUCAUACAUGGAGGGGAUCCAGAUGAUGAUUCUUGUAUUAAAGCUGAAAACUCUGGACCACUAGAAGCCCUACUGCAAGUGGGAAAAUUAAGUACAUCAGCUUAAGAGAAAGAUUGAACAUUUAAUCAUUUGCUGUCUGGCUUUGCCCUUAAAACAGGGUGAGAAUUAGAAUGAGAUUGGUUUAGGUAAUCCCAAGAACUAACAAAUAACAAAGGUGCAUGAUACAUUUAUCUUUCUGGGUGCUUUGAGUUGAGACUAAGUGGGAGUGCAACAUUAAGUACCACAUUAGUCACUCAGCUGGUAUAACCAGCUUGGUUAUUAAGCAGUUUAUGAAACCAUAUAAAGAAUGAGUUUGAGAGCAGAAUUCUAUCCACAAAAUAAUUUUGUAAGCCCAGGAAUCCUUAGGCUCACACAGUGAAGUGUAGCAAAAUGCAGUCUUCAGUAUUUUCUUACAUGUUUUUCUUGCUUUUAUCAUCAACAAGGAGGUAAUUCUUAGUUCAGUUCUGAGGUAGGUACAAAACCACAUCAGUUUUUCAGGGGAGGAAACAUGUUAAAGUCCAUCAUCACAGAAGAUGCAACAUCUUUUCUGGAAGAUUGCCUUAAGAGAGCUUCAGCCCCACACUUGGACAUGUUCUGACAUAGUAACUUGUUCUAAAAUUUUCAGUUUUUAAAUCGUAAAUGGCCCCAGCACAUUGGUUAACUACAGAUGAAAGCUCUGCCUCCUACCAUUUACCUAUACACUACUAUAGUGAAUGUCCCGAAAUGGUGUGCUGGUAGGUUGUGCAUGAGUAGUAUAGAGCAGAGGAAGAUACUUGUUUUAAAAACUAUAGCUUUUGCUGGAAAAUAACUGGUUUUCUCCAGAAUGAGUGAAGUGAUGAUCAAAUUCUAUAACUAAUUAGGACUUCUUUUCCACAUAUUUGCAUUUGAGAGCUUCAAGAGGUGCUGUUAAAAAUAUGACUGGAAACAUUUUGAAGUGGGGGAUAUGUUAGGGCAUAAAAAAAUAGAAACGAUGCCAUAAGCCUGAUUGUCCAAGAAGUGCCCUCAUUUGACUUGCUUUUUGUAGUGUGUGUGUGUGUGUGUGUGGUUGGUUGGUUGGUUGGUUGGUUGGUUGGUUGGUUGGUUGGUUUAGAAGUACACGUGGUUCAAAAACCUGGUUUGAAAAAAAAAAAAGGAAAGAAACUUGGUUUGAUCUUCAUUUCUUGGGCUGGACUUGUUAGUUGAAAAUAGGUUACUGAGGUAGAUGAAUUUUAUCAUUGCUCUUGUGCUUCCAAGUUUGGGAUUUGAAUUUUCCUUGGUAGCCCAUGCAUUGUUGUGGCCUGGUCAGCCUUCCUCUCUCCCUGCACUCCUUUAUUUCCCCUUUCACUACACUUUAUUUCUCAUUUGGGUUCAGUGAAGGGCUCAGGACUACAGUUGGCGAUUUCAGAUGGACCGCACCGUAGGGGUUUAUUGUUCUUUUGAGCUGGCUGUAUAUAUUUAAAAAUUGUAAGUAGAUACUAUAUUAUUUUUUUGCACAGUAUGAUCAGUUUGCUCAGAAUCAGAGCAGGGGUGGGGGGACAUUUGAUGUGUUGGGGCCAGGAAGGGACAAGUCAGAUAAGGACAGAGUGCUUCAGUCCCAGGCAGCCCACACAGCCACCUAUUUUCUAUUGAAAAUAUCAAAUGUGGUUACAUUACUUUAGAUGGCAUUGAAUUGGAACUUGACAGCACUUAGUCCUGCAGACAACUGAUCUUAAUUGAAAAUUUUUGGAAGGGAAAAACUAAAUUAAAAGUCAAACUUACUGAUUCUUAUCCCCGAGUAUUUGGAGAAUUAGAAAUUGCAUGUGCCCAGAUGGCUGCUGUCCCUUUAGUAGCCAUGACCUUAAUCCAGGCCCAUGAGAAGAUAGACACUCUGAUUUGUGGGCAAUGUAUUUAUAUGUGUGUGCUCACUCAUCCGUUUUGUCUCAGCAGGAUAGAAUAAGAAGAAGCAAGUCCAUGAAUUGUUCUUCUAUUUAUAUUUUGAUUCCAAAAGCUAUUUGUUUACUUGCCAGGGUCUGUUAAUUUCAGGCCUAACUUAAUGGCUCAGUAACAGAUGUAACAAAUGUAAAUGUGUUUACAUUUUUAAAAAGUAUACAGUGAUACUAAGAGAUCAGCUGAUUAACUCUGGGAGGCAAAUAUUAGACUAUACAUUUCUUUACUUCUCUUCUAAUUCAAGUGUAGAAUUCUUCCAAAAGAGAAACUGUAAGAAUUAAACCCUCACCAAGUGAAUUCAUGAAUUUACUUAUUCUUCUGUAUUGCAGUUACCAUUAUGUAACUAUAUAAACAUAGCUCUACACAUGUACAGCUACAGAUAUAGUUGUAUAAUGAAAUUUGGAAACACCUAAAUUGAAGAGAUUUUUGGCAGUGUCUAUAUAGUUGAGUGUUAUGAGUAUAGAGAGAGCAUGGGGGUGAGGUUUGGAGACAUACAGAAAAAAAGUAGUUGUAAACUCCAUGAUCUGAAAAGAGUUUAUAUUAAAACAAAUAAAAACAUUACUCUUCUUUCUUUGUCCUCUGAAAUGACUGCAGUGGAUACUCCUAGUCAGCCAAACUUUUUUUUUUUCUUUGAUUAAAUUGGCAUUCCCCACCCCCACCCCCCACCCCCCACCCCCGGUGGUCUUUAGUCGGGAAACAGAGCUAGAUCUCCCAAGUACAUUCAGAUCUUGUAUAUAUAUAUAUAUAUAUAUAUAUAUAUAUAUAUAUAUAUAUAUGGAGAUUUUUAGAAAAAUGAACAACCCAGUACCAGAUGCAAGUCCCAUGGGUGUCCCCCCAAAACACCAAAACAGGUGUAUCCUUUCCUUCUCCCCAUCUUGCUUUACCACUGAGUAAUGCUCUCUUUAAGUGUGUACAAAACUGAAUGGAUUUCUGCCAUCUAAUAUCUUUCAAAUGCAUUACUUCAAAAUUCUAAUUUUGUCUCUAUUGGUAUGUCUUAUUAACAUCUGAAAAACAUAUUUUAUUGGGAAACUACAGUUUGGUCGGCCUUGAGAGUUUUGUGACAGUUUUUUGCUCUUGUCACCACAAUCACUGACUCCUUUAUGGCAUGCUUUGAUUAUUAGACUUCAGGCAGUCUUUUCUGUUGUAUCAUAUUUAUACACAGUAAAUUUUUCUUUCCAUGUGUGCUAUAUGUCUGAGGUUUCGAAGUUUUUAAUAAAAAGUGUGCCAGUAUGAGUAAAAGCAGUUGAUUUUAGAAUAUUGGACUUAAAGUACAUUAAGAGGUUCAAAGUAUAGGCGAAUUCACUGGUGAAACAAUAGAGGGGAUGAGGGUCUGAAUCAAGACCCAAGUUCAAUAGGUCAAAUGCCAAAAUAAGAGCAAUCAACUGACCUGGCCUGUUUCAAGAACAGAGGGGAUGCAGGGAGUGAGACCACACACUUCUCGUCCCCAAGGCUUCCCUCCCUCUCUGAGCUUGCCCUUCCAUCCCAAUUCCUCUGGCCUGUUGUCAGUGUUGUUUACUAUAGAGAGGAAAACCGAAGGAAGGGUCCUACACUUUGCCUAAUUGAGCCACUACCAGAUUUGCUGGCAGCUUUGGCCACAUUAUUUGUGAGGUGAUUUUCUUUCUUUGUGUUCAGAGUGACUUGAUUCUGAUUCUUUAUGUUGUUUCGUAUGGAGCGGCACUUUAUCUGUGUUUUAGCAGAACUGUUCCUCUGUAUCCUUUACGGUUUUUCCUUAUUUUUGUUUCCUUUUAAAUUAUGCAUAGAGUUUUGUGUGUGUGUGAAAUUAAAGCCUUUAUUAACCUUG